AAAAAAUCUUAUCGGGUUAUCAUUUUCAGUUUUCAUUUCACAUUUUUUUUAUUGUUAUUUAAUUGCUUAGGUUUUCCCUAAUCAAAGCAAUGCGUUUAUUUACUUUUAGUUUUCUUCGAAACUGUAAAUACAAGAGUUUUCUGCAUCGUCCACCUCAGAGACUCUUCAGUGACACAGUCCAGCAGCAGCUCCAAGUAGAAACACACGCUGGUCCACUAGUGGAGCUGCUUGGUGUCUGGCCGGCGGGCGAGGAGGCGCUCGGCCGCGCGGUGCUGCGCGACAUGCGCGUGCUGCCCGACUUCAUCUCCGAGCCCGAGGAGGACCAGCUCAUGGCCGAGCUCGAGCCCUAUCUGAAGAAGAUGAGAUAUGAGUUUGAUCAUUGGGAUGAUGCCAUCCACGGGUUCCGCGAGACGGAGCGCAGCGCCUGGUCCCCCUCCAACAAGGCAGUGCUACAGCGCGUGCUCGAGGCCGCCUUCCCCCCGCCGGCCGAGCCCCUGCCGCACCAGCAUGUGCUGGACCUCGCGCCCACCGGGCACAUCAAGCCGCAUGUUGACGCUGUGCGGUUCUGUGGCGCGACGAUCGCGGGGCUGAGCCUGCUGUCGCCGGCGGUGAUGUCGCUGCGCCACUCCGAGCGGCCCCUUGACGUGGCGGCGCUGCUGCCGCGGAGGAGCCUCUACAUCAUGACCGGCGUGGCGCGCUACCAGUUCACUCACGCCGUGGAGGGCGGCGCGGCGAGCGCGUGGCGCGGGGCGGCGGUGCGGCGCGCGCGGCGGGUCGCCGUCAUCACGCGGUCACAGCCCCGGCCGGAGGACAGGCAGGGGGGGGACGAGGGGGGGUACGGGGGCAAGCGGUGAGGGGCGGGGACAGGAGAGACUGAGGACAGACUGGACCGAACCACUAUCUACACCUGAGCUGUCGAAUAUGUGUCAGAUUUGACAGUUGGGCAAAGCUGAUAAUGCCAAGAUAUCUCCUCCAGUCUCAACGGUUUCCCUGUGAAAGUUCUGCAGUCAGUACUAGUGUACAAAAUAGAGUAUUAUAGUAGAAUAGAAACUACCUUAUUGUAAUUAAAUUACAUAGUUGCCUAUCAAAUAUUUUGACUGUUAUCGUUUUAGUUUCAUGUAAGACUUGUUGAAAUAUAAUGUUUUAUUAUAAAAUUA